CCGGGCCUCGCUGUCUGGGGAAGCUGGCCGGCUCCCCCCUUGGCGACUCCGUCUUCACAUCUGACAGACGGGAGGCUCACAGUGUUCCCCUGAGACUGUUGCCAGGCGGUCACGAAGCAAGAGGUGCCAAUGGGCAGCUGCGCAGGGUGAACCCCACCUUCCCUCCCCACCUGUCCCCUUGCUGGUAGACUUACUGGCCUCGUGUCUGCUGGGGCGGAGAGUGGGGACUGCCUGGCACCAGCACGUGGCCCCUGGCUCCUAGGGGGCACCCCAUAAAUAUCUGUGCCUGAAACAGUACGUGGAGCUCUUGAUCAAGGAAGGGUUAGAAACCACGAUCAGCUGCCCGGACGCCGCCUGCCCCAAGCAGGGCCGCCUGCAGGAACACGAGAUCGAGUGCAUGGUUGCAGCUGAGAUGAUGCAGAGAUAUAAGAAGCUGCAGUUCGAGAGAGAGGUGCUCCUGGACCCCUGCCGGACCUGGUGCCCGGUGUCCACCUGCCAGGCCGUGUGUCAGCUCCAGGAGCGGGGGCUGCAGACGCCUCAGCUGGUGCAGUGCCGAGCCUGCGCCACGGAGUUCUGCUCCGCCUGCAAAGCCGGCUGGCACCCCGGCCAGGGCUGCCCAGAGACCAUGCCCGUCACCUUCCUUCCCGGGGACACCAGUUCGGCCUUCAGACUGGAGGAGGACGACGCGCCCAUCAAACGCUGCCCCAGGUGCAAGGUGUACAUCGAGCGAGACGAAGGCUGUGCCCAGAUGAUGUGUAAGAACUGCAAGCACGCCUUCUGCUGGUACUGCCUCGAGUCCCUGGACGACGACUUCCUCCUCAUCCACUAUGACAAAGGACCCUGCAGGAACAAGCUGGGCCACUCCCGAGCCUCUGUGAUCUGGCAUCGGACGCAGGUCGUGGGCAUCUUCGCUGGAUUUGGGCUCCUGCUCUUGGUGGCCUCGCCUUUCCUUCUCCUGGCCACUCCGUUUGUACUCUGCUGCAAGUGCAAGUGCAGCAGCGGCGACGACGACCCCCUGCCCACCUAG